GCACAUAUCCCGAGGAGCCACAGCAUGCCGCAUCACCUUCCCCUGUUUGUGUGAAUGCAGAUUAGUGUUCACGCUGUGCUACUGUUAUUAACCCGCGCGCGCACUACACUCCAGCCCUGAGCUAACAUUGGGAAGCGUCCCCCCUCCUCCAGAUGAGCUUUGGCGCCCCCUGCCGUUCGCCCCUUUCCCUCUCAGGGCUGUCUUGACGUCACUGUGUUUUUCCAGUGUGUGCCGUAAAAAAACAAAACAAAACCCAAACGUUUCUAUUGUUCCACUUGAAUGUGCGCCUCAAUGGCUAGCAUUGGUUGUGUCCCUGCAGCGGCUCAUUACCUGCCGUUUAUGUGUCAUACGCAACACACGCGCGCUGUUACCGUUUUGUACAUUGGCGGCGGCGGCGCAGGGCUUCAGUGUUGGCUUAAUUAAUAACGGGGGAACGGGCGGUGUAUUCAACUCCCUGUACUCAGGGGAGCGGUAGCGUUUCGCCGUGUGUCUUGUCUGCGUCUCAAGCUGUAGUUUCCUUUGUCUGCUGCUUUCCCUCCCCUCCCCCUCGUCUCUUUCUGUGAGACCGAAUCUCUGCUGCAGAUAGCGCUUAAACACUCUGUUUUAAAGUGACUGACUGCAUUUACUUGCUUGGAUGGUGGAUGGACAGAGGACCGUUUAUUUGUGUUGUUGGAAGUAAGAAAAAGCAACAUUGGAGAGGAUAAGAUUUUCACUGUAGAUUGGCAGCUUCGCUGCCCACUUAUCCACAGAUGAAUGAAGACCCCAUUUGGAAAGGCAGCAGCUCAGAGAUCCAGAGCUGAUGCAGCUCAUGCAGGAGUAUCGGCAAAUAUGAUGAAAAAGAGAACAUCCCACAAAAAACACAAAAAUAGUAUGGGGCCGAGUAAGCCAAUUUCCCAACCUAGAAGAAAUAUUGUAGGGUGUAGAAUACAGCAUGGAUGGAAGGAGGGCAGUGGCCCAAUAACUCAGUGGAAAGGAACUGUUUUGGAUCAAGUUCCAGUCAAUCCUUCCUUAUAUCUUAUAAAAUAUGAUGGAUUUGACUGUGUAUAUGGACUUGAACUUCACAAGGAUGAAAGGGUGUCGGCUCUUGAAGUUCUUCCAGACAGAGUUGCUUCAUCUCGAAUUAGCGAUGCUCACCUAGCAGAUACAAUGAUUGGUAAAGCAGUGGAACAUAUGUUUGAAACAGAGGAUGGUUCCAAGGAUGAGUGGCGAGGGAUGGUCUUGGCAAGAGCGCCCAUUAUGAGCACCUGGUUUUACAUAACUUAUGAAAAAGAUCCUGUCUUAUAUAUGUACCAACUACUUGACGAUUAUAAGGAAGGAGACCUUCGCAUCAUGCCUGACUCUAAUGAUUCCCCUCCAGCAGAAAGGGAGCCAGGAGAAGUUGUGGACAGCCUUGUAGGGAAGCAAGUGGAAUAUGCCAAAGAAGAUGGCUCCAAAAGGACUGGCAUGGUUAUUCAUCAAGUUGAAGCCAAGCCAUCUGUUUAUUUCAUAAAGUUUGAUGACGAUUUUCAUAUUUAUGUCUAUGACUUGGUGAAGACAUCCUAGAUGUUAUCCUUGACUUGUUGCCAAACAUAUGGAUCUAUUCAAUGUAAAAUUUGUAGACAAGUUUCACUGCUUUCCGAUACGAAAGCUUUGAUAUUCCUGCGAACUCACAAUCCCUUCCUGGAAAGUAUGAAGACAAUUUAUUGAGAACGACAGUCACAUGUUCUCGCCCUCCUAUGCGAAAAGGAACAUACCACUUCUGGAGACUGCCAUGUGUUUUUUUGCAUUCGAGGAUACGUUCUUCAACAGGAAGCCUGAUUGAGAACAGCAGAAGGUCAUUUAAAGUAAAUGAAGAGUGGCUGCAAGAGACCAGCUUUUGUAAAUCCUGAAAAUUGUUAAAAGAAAUUGCAAUUUAAAAUGUUUUUGUUCCCCUGCAUUCCUUCUUGCUCAUUUCACUCAUGCAAGUACAAUUGGGCAUAUCUGUGUUGUACCUAACCGUUUCCUUCUCAGCCUUUCAGCACCCUUAUUUAAUAAUCUGCAAUCCAUUCAUGUCGGGUGGACAGCAAGAUAUUGCACUGUGAAUUGCUGGAGAGGUUUUUCCAACAUAUGAGAAAUAUCAAGCACAACAAAAUCCAAACCAGAAGGUCUGCUGUCCCGGUUAAGUUUGUGGUUUUCAGAUUUCAAUGUUUUGCCUCUACAGAACGUGUGAAUGUAACGCUAACAGCGUGUCUUAUGUCGGCCUUCCUCCUGCCAUUUGGUUAAGGGCAAACUUGUUCAUGAAAAGAGCGGUCUUAAAAGUAUUUAUUUGAUUUCCAGUGUUAAAAAUCCAACAUUGUGGUGCAGUGGUUUAUCCUCGGCCUGUUGACAUGGGUUCUUUUUCAUUCACUUUGACGUUUUCCAUCAUAUUGCAACUUUUUUUUUUUUUGUUCCUACUUUGGGUGUCUGUCUCUCUAUGAUAAAAGAUGUUGGAACUUUUAAAUGGUGUACAACUAGUUAUGCCUUUGAAUCCUAUUCUCGUAAAGUAUGACUGUUAAAGGAAAAAAAAAAUAAAGAUGUAAGUUGGGUGCA